AUGGAGCUCAAGCAGAACACGACAAUCGUCGUGCUCGGCGCUUCUGGUGAUCUGGCGAAAAAGAAGACGUACCCUGCACUUUUCGGUCUUUAUCGAAACCAGUUCCUGCCCAAGGAUGUCAAGAUUGUCGGAUAUGCCCGCACCAAGAUGGACCACGAUGAAUACAUUCGACGCAUCAAGUCAUACAUAAAGACACCCACAAAGGAGACUGAGCAGCAACUCGAGGAGUUCACCCAGCUCUGCACCUACGUCUCGGGUCAGUACGACAAGGAUGAGUCUUUCCAGGGUCUGGAGCAGCACCUCCAGGAGGUUGAGCAAGGCCGCCCCGAGAACCACCGUCUUUUCUACAUGGCGUUGCCCCCCAGUGUCUUCACCAUUGUUUCACAGCACCUGAAGAAGAUUUGCUACCCCAAGAACGGCGUUGCGCGUGUUAUUGUCGAGAAGCCCUUCGGCAAGGACCUUGCCAGUUCUCGAGAGCUUCAAAAGUCGCUCGAGCCUGACUGGAAUGAGCAAGAGCUGUUCCGAAUUGACCACUACCUUGGCAAGGAGAUGGUCAAGAACAUUCUGAUUCUUAGAUUUGGCAACUCUUUCCUCGGCGCCACAUGGAACCGACACCACAUCGACAACGUUCAGAUCACCUUCAAGGAGCCCUUCGGUACCGAGGGUCGCGGAGGCUACUUCGACGAGUUCGGUAUCGUUCGCGAUGUCAUGCAGAACCAUCUCCUCCAGGUCCUUACUCUCCUGGCUAUGGAGCGCCCCAUCUCAUUCAACGCCGAGGACAUCCGCGAUGAGAAGGUUCGCGUUCUCCGUGCCAUUCCAGCCAUUGAGCCCAAGAACGUCAUCAUUGGUCAGUACGGCAAGUCUCUUGACGGUAGUAAGCCCGCCUACCGUGAGGACGACACUGUCCCCAAGGACUCGCGAUGCCCUACUUUCUGUGCCCUUGUUGCUUACAUCAAGAACGAGCGCUGGGAUGGUGUGCCUUUCAUUAUGAAGGCCGGAAAGGCUCUCAAUGAACAGAAGACCGAGAUUCGAAUCCAGUUCAAGGACGUCACAUCGGGUAUCUUUAAGGACAUUCCCCGAAACGAGCUUGUUAUGCGCAUUCAGCCCAAUGAGAGUGUCUAUAUCAAGAUGAACUCCAAGUUGCCUGGUCUCAGCAUGCAAACUGUUGUUACUGAGCUGGAUCUCACCUAUCGACGACGAUUUUCCGACCUCAAGAUCCCUGAGGCAUAUGAAUCGCUUGUACUUGACUGCUUGAAGGGCGACCAGUCCAACUUUGUUCGCGACGAUGAGCUUGACGCCAGCUGGCGCAUCUUCACCCCUCUUCUCCACUACCUUGAUGACAACAAGGAGAUUAUUCCCAUGGAGUACCCUUACGGCUCUCGUGGUCCUGCUGUUCUGGACGACUUCACCUCCUCCUACGGUUACAAGUUCAGCGACGCUGCUGGCUACCAGUGGCCAACAACCAAUGCUGCUGCUCCUAACAAGUUGUCUUCAUUCGUUACCCCAGCGCCUCUGAAGACUCCUCGCCAUCCACCUCGCCCUGAUAUCAACAACUACAACCAACCACCUACUCCCUCCAGGAUGAGCGAUCCUGCCGGCGAAAUAGUCCACAUCACUCAGGGCUACAUACCACUCUCUAAGGUUCUUACGCGACUCGCGCAAUCGACACACAAUGCGCUCCAAGAUCAGAUUGCCGCAUUGGCAAAGAUGCCUUUGCCUGCUGCCGCCAUGAACGGAAACUCGACGGCACCGAACAGCGACGUUGAAGACGGAUCUGGCGAAAAUAUCGCCAAGAAGACAUCGAUAUUGAACUUUGCCAUGAGGGAGCAUCGAAAAUGGGUUAAAGCGCUUGUCAUUACAGAAUGGAGUCGAAAGGCCGAUAUGGUUAGCAAGCUUAUUGACCUGAGAUUUCACCUUCAAGGGCAAGAGGUCUUGUUUUCCGGGGCCCUUGAUGUUAUGGGUCACGUCAAGAGGGAUUUGACAUUUGCGAGAAUGCCAAGUCCUGACCUGAAAACAGCCCUUCAAGUAUUGUCAACUGGAGAGGCAGCCUGGAUGCCUGAUCUCUCCUACAUCGAACCGCCUCCCUUAACACGACAGGAACAGAUUCAGUGGAUCAGCGAUCUCGACACUCAACUAUCAUUGCGACUUAACCUCGAAGAUUUCGACAAGAUCCCAUAUCACUUCAGAAACUAUGAAAUCGAUUCCGGCCGAGUAACAUUUAAAGUUGCGGGAGAAUUCGAGGUCGAUCUCACAAUCGCAGACGAAGAUUUCGAGAAGCAGUUUUGGUUCAUCGACUUCCGGUUCGCUUUCGAGCCAGCAGCAUCAUCGAUUCCUGACGGUCUAAAGAAUUAUCUAGAGGGGCAAGUGAACGAUAUCCUAAGCAAAGACGGACUCUUAGGCUGUUAUCAAUUCCUACACGAACUGGUCCUCACCCAUAAGCUCAACGAGCUCAAGAGGCAAGCAAGUCAACUCAGCAGAGGCUCUUGGACGGGAACACUCAAGGUCGAGCCACUCAACCGAGCUUUGGCAAUUCAAUAUUGGACUUCGCGCGCACAGCUUGGUAGCCCGAAGAGCUGGAUAUUGAUCGCCGCCAACAGCGGCCGGAAACCAAAUGGGCAACCUGACCCGAAGUCGUCAAGUCACUUGAUAGCGAAAUGGUAUCGAGACAACAAGGAGGUGAAGGACGCGAAUAUCUCUUUCGAUGCCGACAACUUAUCAGCCGAGACCCUUCUAAAGACGGUUAUCGGUCGUCAUAUUGAAUUCCUUCUGGGCAGCAUACAUAGCAGAUUGCAAUCCUUCCCUCGUUUUCAAAAUCGCGAUGCUGUUAUGAUUUUGAACAUUUCUCACGAUGAUCCCGCGACUUCAUCUUUAAGUAUGCAGGUCGGUUACAAAGACAGUGCAUCCUUACUUGUCGAGCCAACAACCGGGGUUUUCGCUGUUAAGCCUCAUUCGAAGUUCACUAUUCAACAUGAGCAUUUAUUAAAUAACGGAAAGAAUCCGGCGGAUGAUGGCGCGACAUGCUUGGAGAAUGUGAGAUGUGGAGUUAUGGAAGAUGAACUUAUUCGCCGCGGAAGCACGACAGGCUGGAAUAUUAAGAAGAGCCCCCUGAGUAAGGACGAGUUGCGAUCUUUGACCAAUACCCGCGAAUGGACCAAAACUAUUUGGCUCCACAGAACUGGCUGGGACCCAAACUGGUUUGUUAUGGUCAUGUUAAGUCCGAGCGGGGAUGUUUGGUGGCUUGUUGACGUCAGCCGAAAUGCAAAUGGACAGUCCACUCGCUUGUCAUCAAAGCUUCCUCUCAAUAGGGGCUAUCCUCACCUUGAAGAUGAGUUCUGGAAUAACCUGACCCUGUUCGCGACUGGCAUGAUUGCUCAGGCAGUGGACCAACACGAGCUUUAUCGGCAUAACAUCAAGUUCCUACUGCAAGACACAAGAAACUGGUCUCUUCCUCAGCAGGUCCGACUUCCAACUCUCGAAAUCUCUCUCUCAGAUAUCUUCCCAUCUAUGGUCUUUGACAGCGCAGAGAAGGAUAAUGCAAAGGCUGCAAAUGAGUCCAGCGCUGGUACAGAGACUUCCAGGCUUGGACCAGUCGUGCCAACUGCUUCCACGUCGGGCAUUUCAACUAGGCAACCGUGGGCGAACGACAUUGUCUCAAUCAGGUUCAAGGGGGUUGAGCCUGUAGACAAAGAUGCCUCUGGUGCAGAUGGCCCCAUUUCGGAUGUCUCUUUUAUGUGUAUUUCCGAUGCUAUCAUCAAGGUUCGCAAACCUGCGAAAUUCACCAUGCUCAAGGGCCACAUGGUUGGUCGCGAUGUCUCUUGGAAUGCGCGAUCGGGCGAGUUUUGCUUACGAAUGCGUUCAAAAAUCGGACAAUCUAUCUUGGAGAACCUGAAGGCUCGGGUCAAAGCCGUGGAUCGGUUCGUCAGCUUCUUCGAAUCAUUGGAUAAGGCCAGAGGCUUUAUCAAGGCCGAGUCAGUGAGCUUGAAGGAGGUGACUUUCUCUUAUGGACCUCCAACAUUACAGACGGUCGACAACACUGAGGCUUCGCGUCUCUGGAGAGUGGCACUGAAUCUCUCCAACAAUGAUAUUGACAUUCAGGUGCAGGAGACUAAUCCUCAUCUUCCAGUCACUGAUUUGAUGCAAAAGCUCGUCAAUGGUGCCAAUGGUAUUGGGGCUCUUAUGGACUGGCUCCCCCUGUCCCUACCAACCAUGGAAGCUUUCAAGAAGAUCAGGGAGGCAUGGUCAGAUAUCGAAGCCCGUCGUCAGGGGCGAUUCAAGUUUAUAAUGAAUUCAACGGAUGAGAUGUCAUUUCAGUACAUCCUCGCCGGAACUGGCCCUGGAAACCAACCGGUCCAGCACAGCAUCACAUUCCUCGGCCAGAUCAAGCAGCGUCGAGGCGAACCAUGGUGGCAUAUCGAGCGGAAGACUCGCUCCAGCGGCUGGCCUUCGCCAAACGAUGACUUCUCUGCAGCACUCAAGCCCGUUUGGGAUGGAAAGGGGGAUGAUUGGAGCGGUCUUGUCACUGGAGCAGCGGGCCGACCAGAGCAUGGUAUCAUCGGUCUUCUUCUUGCUAUCGACGAAGCUAUCCGGCCACUGGCUGGCUCGACUUUCCAAAACAACUCGGAGGUGGUCGUCUUGGAGUAA